AGUGAGAAAAAGAUACAGUUCAUCGGAAAGUAAAAUCCCAAAAGCAGAACAACAAAUGCUUCAACACAAAAGUAAUAUAGAGCAACCUCCCUGGUAAAUACAUUCUGGGAUCUCCAAAAUAAUUCAAGAUUUAGAGUUGGGUGGUCGUGAAUUAGUAAAAUGGAAAGUGGGUUCAGCGCAGAAGAUCUUUCCACAAUCGGAGGCAUUGCCACCGUAUCACUCUUACAUUCAUUCAUCCCUACGCAUUGGUUGCCUUUCUCCAUUGUUGGCAGAGCUCAGAAAUGGACUCUCUCUCGUACACUUCUUGUCACUGCAUUUGGAGCAGUAUUACAUGUAAUAUCCACUUCAAUUCUUGGCAUAACGGCAGUAACGAUAACAAACACAAUUGCUGGCGAGGAAACAGUGCACAAACUGGCUUCCCUUUUGCUUAUAGUUCUUGGUGGUAGUUAUGUUAUCUUGUUUCUUCGCGGAAAGGGUGGUCACUGCCACUCACACAAUCAACCUAUGGAGAAAAUGGCCGUAGCAGGGCUUAUCCUUGUUCCUGCGUUGUCUCCUUGUGCAACCACUCUCCCCGUUUUUCUUGCUGUUGGAAACUCAAAAUCCAUGAUGGUGCUUGCGAUCAUAGUUCUGUUAUUCAGCACCAUAACUGUGAUGACCUCACUGGUGGCUCUAUCAUUUUACGGUGCAAGUCAACUCAAGUUUCACUGGGUGGAACGCUAUGACAAGCUCCUCGUCGGUUCAGUGCUAAGUUUGGUUGGUAUUUUGACCCUUAUAUUUCACGAUCACGAUGGAGAAGUAGGUUCGGCAGGAGGUCAUGUGCACAGAAAACUCAUUGUGCUAUAAGGAUCGGUCUUCAGCCAACAGAUCUGUUCUGUGAAGCUUAGAAUUUUAGUGGAUAUUUACCUCAAAUUAAGAAAAGCAAUGUAAAAUCACUCUUUUUUUUUCCUUCCAAUUCUGUAAUUAAUGGUUGCUCAACUUUAUGACUAUUAUAUUAUGCUCAACAAUCUUCAGUAGACCGACUAGUUUCCUCUAAGAACAGGUCAUGCUACACUGAAUAGGAGGAACCAGCGUGUGGCAUGUAUGGCAUUUACUUUAUUUAUUAGUUUUCCAGA